AUGGAGCGUCCGACAGGAACCGCCAACCUUCCCCACAAUAUUUGGACUUUAAUUACCGCGAGGAUCGAAGCACAAUCCGUCAGGGACUUGUGCAGUCUCAGGAUGUCGUGCACCGCUGCACGCAAUUCAGGAGAUGAGGAUUUCGUAUACCGAUGCGUCUCGAUUCCAAUUUUUGACCAACGAUGGUGGAGUUUCAGUUCGAUGCACCAAGGGCGGAGGGACUUCUUAGCGCAAUGCAGGCAGAGCGGGCACCUGGAAGUUCUGUUUCGGUCUGCUGUGUCUGACCUUUUCCUCGGCGGGUGUCGUUUUGCUGGGAUGGAAAUGAUGCACGUUGUCGCAGCCCACGGCCAUUCGGCCGCCUGGUACAUAGUGUUAAUGAUGUUGAUGCUACGUGAUGACACCGAGGCAAAGAACAAGGGCUUGGAAACAUUUCGUGGGCUUGAGGCGGCCGGUGCCCUAACAACCUACAAAUUGGUGUUCCGUGGCGUUAUCCAAGGGACGUGGACACACCUGCGUUGCGUGCCAAUGCUAAACACAGAGAAUCUAGUUUAUUCUUCGUAUGCAUGUCCAAGCCGUGGAAAUAUGGGUGCUAUUUACCACCAUCAACGCUAUAGAAGAGGGUGGCACGUAACGACGGUGAUGGAGGUGCUGCUCAUCUUCUGUGCGUGCAUUGUCGGGCAGACUAUGAUUUGA